CGCGGAGCGCCGGGGCGGGAGCGCAGCCCCGCACCUGGGCACGGCACCGCCACAGCCCCGCACCUGGGCAGCGCUCACCUGAGCCCCGCACCCGGGCAGGAUUCACCUCGGCUCCGCACCCGGGCAGGAACCAUCACAGCCCCGCACCCGGGCAGGACCCGGCGCAGCCCCGCGGGCGGACAGCGCGGACCCCGCGUCCUGCCCCGCCGCCGCGAUGAGGAGCCGCGCCGGGGGAACCGCGUCGGGCGCCGCGGGGCUCUGGCCCGGCCAUGGAUGAGGUCUCUUCUGUGGACAUUGAACUCCCAGCUACCUAUGCCUAUUGCCUGUGAUGGAAGAACUGGAUGUUAAUGUGAGUUCGAGUGAGGGCUUCGGCAUAGCGGAGAAGAUCGUGCUGCUCACCUUCAUCUCCGCCGUCAUUCUGAUGGCCAUCCUGGGGAACCUGCUGGUGAUGGUGGCCGUGUGCCGGGACAGGCAGCUCAGGAAAAUCAAGACCAAUUAUUUCAUUGUUUCCCUUGCCUUUGCGGACCUGCUGGUGUCAGUGCUGGUGAUGCCCUUCGGAGCCAUUGAGUUGGUUCAGGACAACUGGAUCUAUGGAGAGAUGUUCUGCCUGGUCCGGACGUCCCUCGAUGUCCUGCUCACCACAGCAUCAAUCCUGCACCUGUGCUGUAUCUCGCUGGACAGGUACUAUGCUAUCUGCUGCCAGCCUCUGGUGUACAGGAACAAGAUGACCCCACUGCGCAUCGCUGUAAUGCUCGGAGGGUGCUGGGUAAUCCCAACAUUUAUUUCUUUCCUCCCUAUCAUGCAAGGCUGGAAUAGCAUUGGCAUCAUUGAUCUGAUUCAGCAAAGACAGUUCAACAAGGCUUCCAACUCCACCUACUGCAUAUUCAUGGUCAACAAGCCAUACGCCAUUACCUGCUCCGUGGUGGCCUUCUACAUCCCCUUCUUCCUGAUGGUGCUGGCCUACUACCGCAUCUACAUCACGGCGCGGGAGCACGCCCGGCAGAUCCAGGUGCUGCAGCGCGCGGGGGCCCCCACGGACGACCGGCAGCACCCCCCGGACCAGCACAGCACCCACCGCAUGAAGACUGAGACCAAAGCUGCCAAGACCCUGUGCAUCAUCAUGGGGUGCUUCUGCCUGUGCUGGGCCCCCUUCUUUGUCACAAACAUAGUGGACCCUUUCAUAAACUACACGGUGCCGGGGAAGCUGUGGACGGCUUUCCUGUGGCUGGGCUAUAUCAAUUCAGGGUUGAACCCUUUCCUCUACGCCUUCCUGAACAAGUCUUUCAGACGUGCCUUCCUCAUCAUCCUGUGCUGUGGGGAUGAGCGAUACCGAAGACCUUCCAUCCUGGGGCAGACGGUGCCCUGUUCCACCACCACAAUAAAUGGAUCGACGCACGUGCUAAGGGUAAACAGCUGGAAGUGUUGAGCUAACAACUGCCAGAGGCUUCAGACAGACACUUUGUGCCACACGACAUCCCGGGACACCUUAAUGACUUCUCUUUAGCUUAAUGCAUCUCUGUAACAAACGGCAUCACCUGCUAUUGCUGAUCUUGCACCACUUUCUGACUGCUGCAGAAGAACAAGGAAGGUUUGGCUCUUUGGAUAUCCUGUAUGAAGUACACUGUUUUACGCAAUGGGCAUCAUCAGGAACAUGAGAAGCUUCCCAUCCACAACGACCCUGAAUCCCAAGAGUCCUGUUUCUAGUCAUGGUCCUAACAGAGGAAUGGUCCAGCUGAAAGAACCUUUUAGGAUAUCCAAAGGAUUCACGGACAGCAGGACUUGUUGAAAAAUCAUUCAUCUGCAUUGUCAUGGUGCCUCCUACACUGACUUCACAUGGGUGUCCAGCUGUGAGAUGGAUGGAAGGUACAGGACUCCUGUACCUGCAGGGAUGGCUGGACCAUGGCUAUGCCACAGCUUUAUUCCAGGAGGGGGUGAUUCCUGUCAACGUAAGGACACAAAACAAAUACAAACCACUCAGUGAAGGGACUUCUGCUCUCCUUUUCCAGCUGCCCUCUGUGUACAAGUUAUCUCUCUGUCCUGCAGUCUUAGAGAUCACAAGGUCUGGCUGAAGCCCUAUCAGGAUGUGAGACUAAAGCCCUGCUUUAUCUGUGCGAGAUCCUGCCUGUGGUGACUGGAUGGUCGGGGGAGAAACAGCACUAUGUUUUCUUCAGCAAAAUAAGGGGGAACAUUUGCCCUUUGAUUAUAGCUACUGGUGAAGGGUCAGCACGAGCUGCUGGUUCACCCAACCCUGCAGAGCUUUGUAAAUGCUUUUAUUGUGUUUCCUGGCCAUAUUCAUUGGUGGAAGCCUGACAAGCUGGAAUGGGACCUACAGAGACAUCUCACCUCUGACAGGGCCCUGCCAGCACUGCUCCAGUCCAGCCCAUGGGCCCAAAGCCUUAUCCAUCCUCUGCCAUUUGGAGGCCAGUGGACAGGAUAUGGCCCUCAAACCCAGGCAAGCUGCCAGUGCUGUGCUCACCUGAGCAAACUUUAGGCAUUCCGACCCAAAAGAAAGGUUGGCCAAGAGACAGUCAGUCUGUAAUAGAUCACUAAGUGCCAUCUUGAAAACUACACCAUCUAAUAAACUUUUCUAGCUACAUUAGGGAGAGAGACUUCCACUUCCAUUUUUCACCUUUAUUUUUGUAUUUGUUUCGGUUCCCUUCCAGUUGAGGCAAGAAGUUUCAAGAUUUUCAAAUAUCACCAUAUGCACAUCUGCUUGCAAAGAUCUCAAUCCUCAGCUGCUUCCUGCAUGUAGAUGUUGCCAUGUUCCUUGUUAGCUGCUUCCACCUUUGCAUGGAAAGGGUGAGCAAGGCUGUAGACUUCACAACUUUGGGAGAUUGAUCUUCAUGCAGUAGGAAAUAUGCAGGAUCAAGACUAUGAGCCUCUACCCUUUUUUGAUGAAGAUCGAACCCAGAGAUGCCACCCUGAGCCUAGAAAAUAAACUUGUACUUUGUUAUAUUGUGUAAUCAUGUACAGCUAUUUUUAAUGUAAAUAGAAAAGGUGACAUUAUUUAUUAUUUUUUAUCAGGAACAUGUGUUUUUUUCAUUAAAAGCUUCUAGACCCAGGAGCUUAACAUUAUAUGUAUUAUUAUUUAGUAAUAUUUCUGUUGCUAUGUGACAGGUAUUUACUAUAAACAGACAAAUCCUGCUUUGAACAAACAAAAAUGUUGCUCAGUAGGAAAAAAAUUGUGCAUGAUAAAAACAAGUGGCUUCCCUGCCAUGGUGUCUGACUUCUUUAAAUACUUCUUCCACAUAAAACUCACUGACAAAACUUCACAGCAUUUUCCUUUAGGUUUCAAAAGGACUUGGGGGAGAAAUAGCCCUAAUUAGAAGACCAGACACUUACCAAAGUAGAGAAGUGCUGGCAGUUAGAAAGAGACAAACUGUUGGUGUUUUCAUGGAAAGUGCUCCUGGUUCAUCAUUAGGACCUGUUUGGCAAUGACCUGUUUUUACAGGGCUUUGUUUCCAAAACAACUCUACUGUGGACACCAAAAGAGAGCAGAGAGUGAAAAAAGAAAGGUCGUUAUUGAAAGUUUGGAAAAAAAUCCAUCCAGGGCUGCUUGAGUCCUGUGAUCCUCACCCUCUGUGGGACUGCUCACUUUGGUUAUGUCAGGAUUUGAGUACAUGACACUGCAGAACAGGUUGUCUUGGUUUCACCUCAAGUGUCAAAUUUCUUAGAGAAAUUCUAAGCUUUUCUCUGUCCCCAUUAAAAGGCAUCAAAAUAUUGGUGUGAAAUUUCUUGGAGUGAUCUGGAAUCAGCAGCAUGGGGAUGCUACAGUAAUGGUGUUUUUUGUUUCUGCUGUUGUCCUUGAAGUAUUGUUUUCUCCUAUGUUUAUAUGUGCAUUAGUAAUAUAUCUCUUCUUAAUUUAAAAUUAACUCCUCAACAGGGCAAUUUCCUCACAGGCAACAUUCUAUCAAUGGGCUCUAUCAAUGGGAGCAGUACUCACUAGCCAAAAUGGUCAACAGCUGUGAUGGGAAAAAAAUUCUAAAAACUGUAUUUGAAUGAAAAACCAAACACAAAAUGUCCACGUUCUUGUGUCAUUUCUGACAAACUGUUGGACUCAGCAAACCUGUCAUGAACCACCUGGCAGCUCCUGCUUAGUAAGUCAAUAAUCUCAGCAAAGCUUCUGUGAACCCAGCAAAUGAUGUUGUCUGUCAUCAGUAAUGGUAGAAUUUCUCUAGAAAAGGAGCUGUCUCACAGAAAGGACCCAGACUCAAUUUCCUUUGCUAAAGGUGGCUGCUCCUUCAGCCUCUCAGUUUAGCUUCCCAUUGACCCUCUUGGCUGGUGGUGUCAGAGCCUUUGCCUGUGCUGAAUAAUGUGUAAUGCAUUGGCUGUUUCUAAAAAUAAAAAAUCUUCUGUGUGCACUGAA